AUGCUACAAGCAAAGCCUGCCACUACAACAUGCUCUUCUCGCUCUCCUGGUAUUGAGAAUUUUGGUCCUGUUGACUCUACCUUAUAUCGUAGUUUGGUAGGUGUUUUACAAUAUUUAUCUUUAACACGUCCAGACAUUGAUUUUGCUAUAAAUACAGUUAGUCAGCACUUGCAUGCUCCUACUUCUGGCCAUUUUGCUGUUAUUAAACGCAUUCUGCAUUAUAUUGCUGGCACUCUUGACUUUGGAUUAGCGCUGAAGCGAAGUUCUACUUUUUCUCUUACUGCAUACUUUGAUGCUGAUUUGGCUGGUUGUCCUGACACUCGAUGGUCUAUCACUGGGUCCUUUGUAUUCUUUGGCCCAAAUCUUAUUUCUUGGUCUUCCAAGAAGCGACAUACUGUUUCUCGUUCCAGCACUGGGGCAUUAUUCUAUCAGGAAGAAGACGCACGGG